AUGGUGAUUCAGCGUUCGCUUGGCGUUCCUUUGCAAGUCGAGGGCGUCUAUACGCAAGAUGUCAUCAAAAGCUUUCUCGAUAAGUUGACGCUGCCUGACGUGAACAGCUUCACGUCUCUGCGCCUCACCGUGAAACCAAGUGACCCGGAAAUGGGUCGACUUCUGGAAAUCUACUCGCAUGUUUUUCCGAAGAUUUGGGACGAGAGCUGGACGAAAGAGGACACCAAAGGACAGCAGCAGACUGCCGUCCUGACAUUCAAGGAAGACAUCGUUCUUGAGGCCAAGCGCGUCACUGAAUACUGGGAGCAGCAUCGUGCCGACUUCACCGACAUCUACUGGGUGCCUGGCCAGAAGCGCAUGGCGGCUGCUACCAAGGCGAACGGAUGCUCGUUCCUGAUACACACCGCCGACAAGUGUCUUCCUGCCCAUUUGAUCCAGCAAGGCCUCGCCCAGGCUUAUAUAGCUUUGGCUAAGGCAUGCAACGAUGGCCAGCUGGGAGCCGAUGGAAUUAUGGACGUGUCGAUGACGCAGUAUCCGAACCAGCCAUGGACAAACCGCGUCAAAAUCAACACCAAUCAACCGGCUUCCCCCGAGCUGUAUGAGGAGAUCAAGAAGAUCCUUCGCGAGCAGAAUUUGGUCAUGAGCCUUAAGGUGAAGACGAGCAUUGCCAGCUACAUCUCCGACUGGCUGACUCUCAAGGGUUAUCCCUACUGCCCGUUCCAAUCGCCGGCUGAGACGUUUUCGAACAGCGUCACCGACCUCAACAAUCUGCUCGCCAGGACUUCUUUGACC